UGAUUUUUGCCAGAAACGAAUGGAUCAAAGAUAUUUCCGUUCCAUUUAGCUAACAUUUAUAAAAUAAUUAAAACAAUAUUUUGGGGAUUACUUAUAAAUUUUUCAAUAAUUAAUAAAUAAUUUGAUUAGCAAUUUACAGGACUCAUACUCAUACCUUACGUACCGAGUGAAAUAGUAUUCAAAUACUACGUAUAAACACUAGUUGGCAACACUGAAAGUGAAAAGUUGGCAACAUUGACUAUAUCUGUCGCCAUUUUGCAAGAAUGUCAGCCAAAUCAUCAGCUUGCAGUUUUAAAUAAUUUUCUAUGAUAAUUCUCAAAAUAGUUCAGUGAUAUUUUGUUUAAAGUGCUCUUGUAAUUAAUAUAAAGCGAAAAUGGACCGUUUUAUUAGUAUGUGGAAAGUGAGGGAGUUAGCGGACAAAGUCACAAAUGUGGUGAUGAACUACACUGAGGUGGAGGGCAAAGUGCGCGAGGCGACCUCCGACGAGGCGUGGGGCCCGACCGGCCAGCAGAUGCAGGAGUUGGCACUGGCCACCUUCACGUACGAACACUUCCCCGAGGUCAUGUCCAUGCUGUGGCGGCGCAUGUUGCACGACAACAGAUCACAUUGGCGCCGUACAUACAAGUGUCUGCUCCUGUUGAGUUAUCUCGUGAGGAAUGGUUCAGAACGCGUGGUGACCUCGGCCCGUGAACACAUAUAUGAUCUCCGCUCGCUGGAAAAUUACGCGUACGUAGACGACAUCGGGAAGGAUCAGGGUAUUAACGUAAGGCACAAAGUGCGAGACUUGAUAGAUUUCAUUCAGGACGAUGAGAAACUCCGAGAAGAGAGGAAAAAGGCCAAGAAAAACAAAGACAAAUAUAUCGAUGAACCCAAAGAGUCUCGACACGAGGACGACGACUACGAGAGGGCAGAUUCGGACGGUGAAUACGGACACAGACCGAACAAGAUAAGCAAAGAGAACGUGUACCGGGACUCUGAGUCGGGCAGCCCCCCGCCGCCGGCCGCCCCCGCCGCGCCCCCCGCCCCCGGCGCCCCCGCCCCCGGCCCCGGCCCCCGCGCCUUCAGCAUCACGCUCAAGCCCCCCGCCAGGCACAAGCCCGCCACGCCCGUCAAGAAAAUAGAUCUCGGCGCGGCGGCCUCGUACGGCAAGUCUGCCAGUGCCGCCAGUGCCGCCAGCGCCGCCAGUGCCGCGACUAGUGCCGGCAGCGCGGAUCUGCUCGACGACCUGUUCAAGACUUGCGCGCCGCCCAACGUGGAGGACGACUUCGAUCCCAGAGCGGACGAGGUGAGGUCUGCGAGGAAGCAAUCCGCCGAGUUCGGGGAGUUCUUCUCUACCGCCCCCGUGGCCGCCCCCGCGGCCCCCGCCCCUGCCCCCGCCCCCGCGGCGGCGGAGGGGUUCGCGGACUUCUCCACGGCGUUUAUAGACGUGCACCCCGCGCCGCUUCCCCCACAAGGCGCGGGGCCCCUGCAGUCCAACGUGGACCUGCUGAGCGGCCUCACCGCCCCCGCCCCCGCCCCCGCGCCCGCCCCCGCCCCGCACGCGCUGGACGCGGUGACGCAGCACCUCGCCGCCGCCACGCUCACGCCCAUCACCCGCCACGGCGCCCCCGCCCCCGUCCCUGCCACAGCCCCCGCCGCCCCCGCCGCCACGCCAGGUCAGUACAUAGCUGGUGGCGUAUGUGUACUUGUUACAUUUAUACUUUUCUAUUAGGUAUAGUGCUUGGGCAAAAAAAAAAAGAAAUUCCGUUUAGUCCGUCAGGCAGGUAAUAGAAAAAUAUUGCAAACGUAUUAUUUUAUUCAAUUUAACAUUAAAUAGCUUAGUUAAAAGCACCAUAGUUGAGGAAGGCGGGCUCGUUCCGGCCCAGUUUCGCAGAAAAUGUACAGAACCGUGACAUUUCAACUCGUUGUAUCGCCCUAAUUUAUUGAAUAAGAAAAACAAUGAAAAAAUACGUGUUUAAUAUUCUUCAAUAAUCUACCUGACGUACAACAUACACAAUUAAACGAAUACUAACGCUUUCGGUGGAUAUAUUGUGUGAACUUUAACGUGGACAUUAUCCUAUUAAUAUUAUAAAGGCGAAAGUUUGUAAGUAUGGAUGUAUGGAUGUUUGUUACUCUUUCACGAAAAAACUACUGGACGGAUUUGGAUAAAACUUUACAGCAAUAUAGGUUAUACAUCAGAAUAACACAUAGGGUACUUUUUACUGGGAAAACUUCUCACUCCCACGGGAUACCGACUUCCACGCGGACGAAGUCGCGGGCGUCCACUAGUCGAAUAUAUUUUUCUACAGACAUUACACGCGAAAUAUUAAAAUCACUAUCCCACCGAGUGGAAUAA